AUGAGGAAGCACAGCGGGUGCCGGGGAAACGGUUGCCAUGACACCGGGAGCCGCUGGUCCCUGGAAAGGCUUGGUCCGAGGGCGGCAAAGGUUCCAUCUCCCCCUCCAUCUGCUCCCCCACCUCCCCCUCCAUCUCCCCCUCCAUCUCCCCCUCCAUCUCCUCCUCCAUCUGCUCCCCCACCUCCCCCUCCAUCUCCCCCUCCAUCUCCUCCUCCAUCUCCUCCUCCCCCAUCUCCUCCCCCAUUUCCCCCUCCAUCUCCCCCUCCAUCUCCUCCCCCAUCUCCUCCCCCAUUUCCCCCUCCAUCUCCCCCUCCAUCUCCCCCUCCAUCUCCUCCCCCAUCUCCUCCUCCCCCUCCAUCUCCUCCCCCAUUUCCCCCUCCAUCUCCCCCUCCAUCUCCCCCUCCAUCUCCUCCCCCAUCUCCUCCCCCAUCUCCUCCCCCCCCUCCAUCUCCCCCUCCAUCUCCCCCUCCAUCUCCUCCCCCAUCUCCUCCCCCAUUUCCCCCUCCAUCUCCCCCUCCAUCUCCCCCCCCUCCAUCUCCCCCUCCAUCUCCUCCCCCAUCUCCUCCCCCAUUUCCCCCUCCAUCUCCCCCUCCAUCUCCCCCUCCAUCUCCUCCCCCAUCUGCUCCUCCAUUUCCCCCUCCAUCUCCCCCUCCAUCUCCUCCCCCAUCUCCUCCCCCAUUUCCCCUUCCAUCUCCCCCUCCAUCUCCCCCUCCAUCUCCUCCCCCAUCUCCUCCCCCAUUUCCCCCUCCAUCUCCCCCUCCAUCUCCUCCUCCAUCUCCUCCCCCAUCUGCUCCUCCCCCUCCAUCUCCCCCUCCAUCUCCCCCUCCAUCUGCUCCCCCAUCUCCCCCUCCAUCUCUCCCUCCAUCUCCCCCUCCAUCUCCCCCUCCAUCUCCUCCCCCAUCUCCUCCCCUUUCCCCUCCAUCUCCCCCUCCAUCUCCCCCUCCAUCUCCCCCUCCAUCUCCUCCCCCAUCUCCUCCCCCAUUUCCCCCUCCAUCUCCCCCUCCAUCUUCUCCUCCAUCUCCUCCUCCAUCUCCUCCCCCUCCAUCUCCCCCUCCAUUUCCCCCUCCAUCUCCCCCUCCAUCUCCCCCUCCAUCUCCUCCCCCAUCUCCUCUCCCAUUUCCCCCUCCAUCUCCCCCUCCAUCUCCCCCUCCAUCUGCUCCUCCAUCUCCUCCUCCAUCUCCCCCUCCAUCUCCUCCCCCAUCUCCUCCCCCAUUUCCCCCUCCAUCUCCCCCUCCAUCUCCCCCUCCAUCUCCUCCUCCAUCUCCUCCCUCAUCUCCUCCUCUGUCCUCUCCUCCGCCUCCUUCCCAGUGCCAAGUGUUGACCCGCAGCGAUGGAACACAGCUGCUGUAA